AUGGAUGACGUCACUAGGGUCGCAGCUAAGCGUGAAAUCGACGAGUCGCUGAUGCUAAGCACAUUCAGCAUGCGUCGCAUCGGGUUAUCGUUUGAUGAAACUCUAACUGCUGGCGCUUAUUUUCGUCAGAAACUUAUUUUUAUAGCGUCUGUUUGUGGAAUUUUUGGUCACGUUUUCUGUGAGUUAGUUAACAUCAUUCUCACCUUCUACAACUCGCCACGUGUGGAGGACGUUGUUCCUCUUUUUCAUACGUUCGGUUACGGCUCUCUGAGUAUAGCUAAAGUGUUCGUUUUGUGGUAUAAAAAUAAAGUAUUCGGUGAGUUGAUUGAUGAACUGGCAAGUAUAUGGCCCAUGCCCCCUAUUGAUGAGGAUGCAUUGAUUAUAAAAAAGAAAAGCGUUACAUCUCUUCGAAUAAGUCAUCGUUGGUACUUCGGUGUUAAUGUUGCAGGAGUGUGGUUUUACAAUGUGACUCCUAUUCUGAUAUAUUUUUACCAGCUUUGCCAAGGAUAUGACGCGAAAAUUGGUUUUGUUUGGGUGUCUUGGUACCCUUUUGAUAAAAAUGAACCCAUUGCUCAUAUUGCGGUUUACAUAUUCGAAAUGUUCGCUGGUAAGUAG